AUGGUAGCGGUGGCUUAUUUGGACACCAUCUUGGUCCCCCUCAGCCUCUUCCUCACCUUGGGCUACCAUGCCUAUCUAUGGCAUAUCUUCAAGAACAAGCCCUGUAAUACCACCAUUGGAAUCAACGCAUUGAGGAGGACAGCAUGGUUUCAAGACAUCAAACAGGGUGGUGACAAGAAGGGUAUGCUGGCAGUCCAGAGCUUGAGAAACACUCUAAUGGCGACCAUACUCACAGCUUCAAUAGCCAUUCUUGUAAACGUGGCACUUGCAGCUCUAUCAAACAACGCAUACAGUGCAGAACACCUCUUAAACAACCCCAUUUUCGGGUUGCAGUCAGGCAGGAUCUUGGCUCUCAAAUUUGGCUCGGCGUCGCUGCUUCUGCUGCUUAGCUUCCUAUGCAGCUCUAUGUCCGUUGGAUUCCUGAUCGACGCCAAUUUCUUGAUAAACGCUUGUGGUGAUUUCUCAUCACCUCCUGAUCACACACAUGCCGUAUUCGAGCGAGGCUUCACGUUGGCUCUAAUUGGUAACAGAGUGCUCUGCAUUACCUUCCCUUUGCUGCUAUGGAUGCUUGGUCCUGUGCUUGUGGCUUUGUCCUCUGUGGGAUUAGUUUGGGCGCUUUAUGAGCUUGAUUUUUCUGGGAAAUUGAUCAGUGGCGAUAAGCAAAUUAGUCGCAGUGGACAUAGUUUGUAUGCAUGAUUUAUUAUAUAUCCAUCUAAAUUCUAAAUAUGAUGCAGAGAUGAAGAACUUAUCGAUGAACUUGCAGAU